GUUCAAGUUUGGAAAAAAAUGGAGUGUUCAACGCUUGGUUUUUCCCCACUUUUUAAUUUUCCAUGUUUGAACAGGUUUGGUUAUCCUAGGGGAUUUCCUGCUGCUGGACUUUUAAAUGGGAAACACAGGGUAUAUAUCUGUGUUGAAUAAAAAAAGGAAAUUACUGUAUGAUAGCUGCAAAUUCACAGAAACGAAACUUAGCCGUGUAGUUGUUUAUAAACCUCUCUGGUAUGUCACUGCUCUCACUGUCCUGCGGCAGAAGUGUCUGUCUGUGUCAAAGUGGAAAUUAGUAUUGUGAUUGAAGUGUGAGAUAGAUAUCCUAACAUUGGAAUCUGAAGACCCACAGAAAUACAAAGUGUCAAUCACUAGAACUCUCAGCUACAAGCCUGAUGAAAAUUACAGAGUUUUUCUCUUUUUCAACAUCCUCCAGUGGCAAAGCAAAAAGAACUGUCACACCGAUCACUGACAACACAGAAGAGAAGGAUCAAAGUAUGUUUCAAAGUGGCAUCAGUGUAUGUACGACAAUCCAAACACCUAAGAAGAGAAAGGAACGGUUUACUGACCCCGAGCUCCAUAUACUUGUUGACACAAUUCUAGCCCACGCUGAGCAAUUGUUUGGACGUAAAUCUCUUAAUGCCUCGGGGAAAGCUGCCCUCUGGGAUAUAGUAGUGAAAAAAGUCAAUGAAGUAGCCGGAAUGAAGCGCACAGUUGUAGAAUGCAAGAAGAGAUGGCAUGACUACAAAAGGAAAGUCCAGCAAUGUAUCGAUAAAAGAAAACUGCAGGUUCCCUUGCCCGGCAAGAUGGAGUCACUAGAAGAUUAUCUGUCCAAAAGACAGAUAAAUGUAGCUAUGUUCUUUAAAAUGGAUGCAGAAGGGACAGGUGCAAUUCAAGUAUCUGAUGACUCUUCAACUGAUGACGGGGAUUGUGCUUCUUCAAGUCACAAUGUAGUGACCCCCUCUACUCAUAUUCAUUCUGAAGAUGAGUUUAUUGGUCAGACGGAAAAACAGUCACUUUCAGCAUGCUCAGUCAAGAACAGUCCUCAGGAUGGAUCCAUCUCACAGUCCAACAAAGCAAAGGUAUCAGGGAGAUCCAUAGAUCACAAACCCAGUGAGACUCAGCUUCAAUUAACAAACUUAGAAACUAAGUUAGACCAAUUAAUUACCCAGCAAAAGAAUACAAAUGAGAUUCUUCAAGGCAUACGUAGUGGAGUUGUUGCAAGCCUGGACCUGCAGAAGAAGAUGAAUCGUCUUCUGAAAAGCAACUUUUUGGAGUUGCAAAACUCUAUCAGAGCUAGUAAGGAGGCAUCAAGCAAUCAGAGUAGCAUUCUGGAAAUCACGCUGAAAGGUCUCCAGGCUAAGAUGGAUGAGGUCACCAACAGUCUUCAAGCUAAACAACUGCAAGAACUGAUGUCCAGCGAUGAGUCCGAGUGCUAUUCACAAGAUAUGGGAUCUUCUCCAUUAGCUGCAAAGACUACACCAGCAAAGAAGAAGAGAUGUAAUCAACGCCCUUCAUCAACUGGUCUAAUAAAGAAGAAAAAAAUGUAAAUGAAUGUAAUAUAUAAUGAUAAUAAUUUCUCAGCGCUGGUAAUGAAGCAUAAUCUUAAGGUCUGAAAAGUCCUGCCAAGCAUGCCUAAAAGUUAGGAAGUACUCCAGUAUUCAUUUUACAUUUGUGUAUGAUCAAAUACUAGGAAAUAUUAUUUUAAACUAGGGUCAAAUUUAUGUAUUUAAAGCAACUUGGCUUUACCUCAAGCAUUUGUAUCAAGUAUAUACUUUAGACAAAGGGGCUAAUCCAGACCUGAUCGCUAGGCUGCGUUUUCGUACAGCGGGAGAACAGGUCUAAACUGCGCAUGUGUAUGCACCGCAAUGUGCAGGCGCAUCGCACAGGUACAAAGCGGAUCGCCGCUCAGCGAUGGGUUUGUGUGAAGGAUCCGUUUGCACGGGCGUUAGCAAGGAGAUUGACAGGAAGAAGGCGUUUGUGGGUGUCAACUGACCGUUUUCUGAGAGUGUUUGGAAAAACGCAGGCGUGUCCAAGCGUUUGCCGGGAGGGUUCCUGACAUCAAUUCCGGUCCCAAACAGGCUGAAGUAUUCUCAGCGGCUGAGUAAGUCCUGGGCUACUCAGAGACUGCACAAUAUCUGUUUGUACAGCUCUGCUACACAUGCGUUCGCACACUUGCAAAGCGAAAAUAAACUCCCCUAUGGGCGGCGACUAUGCGAACGCAGGACUGCAAAAAAAACCUAGCGAGCGAACAGGUCUUAAUUAGCCCCAAAAUUAUUAUAACAACCCUCAUAGUGGGUUAUGCCCAAGCAUUACAAAACAAAACAGGAUAAACACCACAUAAUCCUUCAGUUAUUUAAGUGACUGUGUGUAGAUCAUGUCGGCAGGACCGAAUGAGUAGUUAAGGGGGGUACACACGGAGCGAUAAUCUAAGCAAUCUGACUAGAUUGCUUAGAUUUUCAGCAACAUCGCUCCGUGUGUAGCCCCCUCAGCGAUAGCGAUGCGUGGCCCCGCACAACGCUAUCGCUGCUGCUAGAUUGGCCUGCAUGCAGGCCAAUCUAGCGGGUCGCUCACUUCACCCGCUGGGUGAAAUGAGCGCCCCCCCCGUCUUCCCCCGCACGCUCAGCACAGAUCGCGCUGUGCUGAGCGCCGGGAGAGAUGUGUGCUGAGCGGUUCGCUCAGCACACAUCUCUCCCAAAUCGGGCCGUGAGUACUGGCCUUUAGUCCCUACUUUGGAACAUUAAAAAAGAAUACUAACUACUUGCUGAGCUAGUUAGAGAGAAGGUGCUGGGGAAGAGGACAAGCUCCAUUAUAUAGCAUCUGGGGUAGGGGGUGUAGGGAAUUCAAAGUGAAAUAGCAAGGGGCAGCAAGGAUGUUAUAUGAAUAUAUUCCCUUGUACAAAAGUAAGCAACAGAUAAAAACUGCCUAAUCAUCAUGGAUACAGGGGGACAUUCUGAGAUGAUCGUAGCUGUGCUAAAUUUAGCACAGCUACGAUCAUUCACACUGACAUGCGGGGGGGACGCCCAGCACAGGGCUAUCCCACCCUGCAUGUCCGUGCCGGACCCCCCCCCCCCCCCCCG